UCGAAAAUGUCCAUAUCUUCGUCUUCAUUUUGUAAUCCACUGCACCGAAUAAGUUUAGCCCUGACGGCUGGUCUACCUGAUUAACCCACGUGCUCGUGAUCUCACCCGACGCAAAAAUCCUCUGCGUGACAGCCUCAUUUUUGUAGCCCUUUGCCCUUCGGAAAGAAAACCUUCUCAAGUCUCAACCAAAACCACACGGGUUCCUGACCGUUAAUGCUUUAAUCAAAUACUUUCCGAUAUUUUCUCUCAUUUUUCUUUCUGGGUUUCUUUCGUUGGUGGAGUUUAAUUGCUCGUUUUCUCAUCUGGGUGUCUCUUGAAAAGUUGAAAUGGGCAAAAAUCAGGCUUACAAAGCUAUGCAGAGAGCCCGGCUGGGCUCCAGCUCUGCUGCGGCUGAGGAGAUUGAAGACGGCAUGACACAGGUGGAUGGUUCAUUUCAUUCGCCAGAGUGGCAUGCUGCUCGUUUGGCCAGUCUUAAAACUUCUCACACUAUCACCUGGGAAGAGUUUAAAAAGAAGAAAAAGGAAGACGAAAUGAAAAAGGGGGAACUGGAAGCAGAUAAAGAUAGAAUGAUGAGAGAAUACAGAGCUCAACUGGAUGCUGAAAGGGCACGCAAACUUGCCCAAGGAAAAAACAACUCCAGUAGUAAAUAUAAUCACAAAAAAGACAAGGACAAAGAAUUAAAGAAACGAAGCAGCAGAAAGAGAAAGCAUUCAAGGAGGAGAUCUUCUGGCUCUAGCUCCUCAAAUUCAUCCUCCGAUUCUUCCAGUAGUGAUGAAGAGGAGAGAGAAUCAAGUAGAUCUAAAUCAAGUAGAUCUAGGUCCAAGAGAACAAAGAAAGAAAAGAAGCACAAGUCAAGAACCAAGCACUCUUGCAGUGACGACGAAGAGGCCGAUGGUCCUGUGCCACUUUCUAGAUUCUUUGACAGUGUGAAGAGCUAACAGCAUUGUUGAAGAUGCUGCUUUGUACUCAUCAAAGUUACGUCUCUAAUAUAGGAUAUGAAUUCGUUCUUUCAAAAUUAGCUGCUAGCAAAUAUGUAUUGGAUUGCUUCUUCCCUCUGGAUUGGUAAGCUCUCUGAUAAUAUUGAGUUUCGGAUACUAGCUCGUUAGAAUUCAUUUUGUUCGGUAAUCGAACUUUAUGACAUAUACGUUCAUGUGAGAAUUCUACAUAACGUUGAGCAGGAAAAUUUGAAGUUGUUAUCCUCUCUCA